AUGAAAGGAGCGGCGGUAUUUGGGAGGCUCGUCAUGCAGGCCUCAACAUCAGCCUGUGGUUGUCGUCAAUCUCAGACCUCCAACGCAGCAUGGCAUCAUACGCCAGAUGAAGGAGUGCAAGCGCCAGAAGAAUUGCUUGGCAUGUCAUGUGAAAUAUGCAUCAACCUGUAUAAUGCUCAAUGCUUACGAACCCAGGUCACAUCAUCUGACUAUUUAAUAUACUUUGAUGGAUUCUCGAUCCUGUUCAAUGCUUAUCUCAUCAAGGAUCCAAAUGCUGGAGAAACAUCGACACACUAUGACAAAACAAUGCAAGGUCUCGCACCGUAUCCAUAUCUCUAUCAAAGCCGUAAGAGCACUUCACAACAGCUUUCUCGUCUCGCAUAG